UGGGCAGGACCAGCCAUCGACGCCAUUUUGUCUCCGUCAGGCACGGCGCGGGUUGUCGGUGCGAGGCGGCCGAGCUGGUGUCUGGCGAGGAGGAUUCGGCCCGCAGCUCACGAUGAUAUCGGCCGCCCAGCUCCUCGAUGAGCUCAUGGGCCGGGACAGAAACCUGGCCCCGGAUGAAAAGCGCAGCAACGUGCGGUGGGACCACGAGAGCGUUUGCAAAUACUAUCUUUGUGGCUUUUGCCCAGCUGAAUUAUUUACAAAUACGCGUUCCGAUCUAGGUCCUUGUGAAAAAAUUCAUGAUGAAAAUCUACGCAAACAGUAUGAGAAGAGCUCUCGGUUUAUGAAGGUGGGCUACGAGAGAGACUUCCUGCGCUAUUUGCAGAGCUUGCUUGCUGAGGUGGAGCGCAGGAUCCGGAGGGGCCAUGCUCGUUUGGCUCUUUCGCAGAACCAACAGUCUUCUGGGGGAGCAGGACCUACUGGUAAAAACGAGGAGAAGAUUCAGGUGUUAACUGACAAAAUUGAUGUACUGCUUCAACAGAUUGAAGAACUAGGUUCAGAAGGAAAGGUGGAAGAAGCACAAGGAAUGAUGAAACUCGUUGAACAGUUAAAGGAAGAGAGAGAACUGCUGAGGUCUACGACUUCAACAAUUGAGAGCUUUGCAGCCCAGGAAAAACAAAUGGAAGUUUGUGAAGUUUGUGGAGCCUUUUUAAUUGUAGGAGAUGCACAGUCCAGGGUAGAUGACCACUUAAUGGGAAAGCAGCACAUGGGUUAUGCCAAAAUAAAAGCUACUGUAGAAGAUUUAAAAGAAAAGUUACGAAAAAGAACAGAAGAGCCUGACCGUGAUGAAAGGUUGAAAAAAGAGAAGCUAGAACGGGAAGAGAGGGAGAAAGAGAGGGAGCGGGAAAGAGAAGAGCGGGAAAGAAAGAGACGACGUGAAGAGGAAGAAAAGGAGAAAGAGAGGGCUCGUGACAGAGAGAGACGUAAAAGGAGCCGCUCACGGAGCAGGCAUUCAAGCAGGACAUCUGACAGGAGGUGCAGCCGCUCACGAGACCACAAAAGGUCAAGAAGCAGAGAAAGAAGACGAAGCAGGAGUCGUGAUCGGAAGAGAAGCAGAAGCCAUGAUAGAUCAGAAAGGAAACACAGGUCUCGUAGUAGGGACAGGAGACGGUCAAAAAGCCGGGAUCGAAAAUCCUACAAGCACAGAAGCAAAAGCAGAGAGAGGGAACAAGACAGGAAGUCAAAAGAAAAAGAAAAGAGGGGAUCUGAUGAUAAAAAAAGUAGUAUGAAGUCCAGUAGUCGAGAAAAACAGAGUGAAGACACAAAUACAGACUCGAAGGAGAGUGAGACUAAGAAUGAGGUCAAUGGGACCAAUGAAGACAUUAAAUCUGAAGUGCAGCGUAAGUAUGCACAGAUGAAGAUGGAACUAAGUCAAGUAAGAAGACAAACUAAAGCACCUUCUGAAGGAAAUGACAGUGUAGUCCUGCAAAACGUUUUGAGGUACAUUGUUUUGUCUCAGCUAUUUUUGUAGCAGACUCGUGCCCCCAUUAGUGUGCCUCUUUGGGACAUAUUUGUAAUAUAAUCACAAUAGAAAAAUUAAUUAUCUUUUUUUAUUUUUAGGGAUUUUGUUAUCGUUUUUUUAAAAAAAAGUUGAACUGGUUUUGUAUUUAAGUCCAUAUUGUGUUGGUACAUCAGCAGAAACUUUUGCUUAAAUACUUAAUAUUUGAGGCACAUGUUGGACUACUUUGUUUUCAUAUAAACUGCUAGUAUUUCUUUGUCAAGGAUGUUUCUAGUUUUUUUGCUUUAUUGCCUUGCAUUCUAAUGCAGUUUGUUCUGUAACUCGAGAGCCAGUAGCAUUGGAUUGAUGGAAGUGUAGGGUUUAUGAAUUAUUGCAGCUGACUACCAUACCUCACACAGCGUUGGUGUUGUGAGCGGCCCAUGAAAAGCCAAAUUAAAAAUCAAGGAUUCAGUCAAACUAAGCAGGUACUCAUGCCAGGUACUCCUUUCUCUACCCACAUCCAUGUUUGAAUGCUGUUGCCUGUAAUCUUUAAGCUUACUGUUGUGUUUUUGAUUUUGAAGCUAGUGAAAAGGACUUUUUGUGUAUUGUGUGAAUACUGUAAAUCUGAUGUUAACAGAAUGGAAUUUUCUUUCAACUGUGUGUAGGGAUGCAGUGCUGCCCAGAAUUAGAUAUCUUUAAAGAGUUUAAAAUCCAAUAAACACUACAUAUUAUUCGCCUUGUUACUUUCAAUGCAAUUCAAGUCUUUAAGAGGUAUGUGCUUAAUAUUUCCUACUGUGUAGGAGACUUUGCAGUCAGCCAUAGCACAGAAGAGUGGAAUGGCUGGUAACAGGCUUGUGAGGCAGAUGUAAAUGCAGAGACAGAUGCCACCAAAUGAUGGCAGUGUUGAUGGCAGGAAUAUAUGCUGGAAACUAUUUGUGGGAAAUGAAGCAGCUAAGCAAUAAGCAGUUAUGUAUUGAAAGGACAACUUGAAGUUUUUUCCCCACUCUUGACAUAGCUUGACACAGAAGGUCUUUAGUUGUAUUCCUGAAAUAAGGAACUAACAGUGGAGGUGACAGCUGAUAAAUGAGCUUCUUGCAGUAUAAUUUGUUACUGUAGUUGCAUUACGUAUGCUAGGAACUUUUAAACAUUUAAUGUUGAUAUUAAACAAUUAAUGCUGCAUCAUUGCUUCUAAUGCCAGUCAUGUUCAAUGGUGAUGUUUUUGUAGAGUUAAGAUGACAGCUAACAACUGGGCGAAUGUAUAGGAAUGGUAAACAAAAUGCUCCUAAUGCUGUCUAAUCGUCUGUUCUCCCAAAAUUUUGCGUUAUAGGACUACUAUGUGAAGAGUCUGCGAAGACAGCAGAAGAGAGCUUAAACUGAAGAUCUGCUUUUAAAUGAGGUGAAAGAAAGCUGUAGUGGCAUAGAAAAAUAUAAAGUUGAGUUAGAUUUUUUUUUUUAAUAAAAUUUAAUUCAGGACUGGUGUUUCCUCCCAGAGUUCAAAAAGAUGUGUUGAUAAUAGCACAUAUGCUACUGAGAAUAUAAGUCCUGUAUCCUUCUUUUUCUUUAAGACUUUUUAAGAUAAGAAACCAACAUAACCUGAACACAUGGCUUGCUCAGUGUUUAAUUGCAAGUUUUCAUUCUUGGACUUUAAAACACAAGAAUAAAUGUUUAGUAUUUGUGUGAAUUGAACUAAAAUUAAUCCCAUUUUUACAACUAAGCAAUUCCUAGCUUCUUGAUAUAUGAGAAAUGGAAAUAAAGUCUCUUUGAAUUUCUGUUACAAAUUUGAUUGUCUCUGUCAUUGAACAUUUAAUAUUAAAUAAGCUUAUUUCCUAAUAAAUUUCUUAUGUCUUCAAGCUUA